CAAAGUCGGGGCAACGAACUGAAAUACCGAAAUAGUCCCCCCAUUUGCUCUCCCGCGUUGUCGCUGUGGUUCUGCCUUCUCUCGUCGGCGCCUCUUCCCUCGAGCUACGGAGCAUAGAGCUAUACAUACGAAUUGUUGUAUCUAUUCCUUCUGGAAGUGAAAUGGAAUCAAAACCGUCUGUUUCUCCUUCAAGCUUCGUCGAUCAACAAGUGUUUCCAGGGGAUGUGGUGCUGGACCUAUCCAAAAUGACUAAUCAAACCAUCAAGCUCGGCGGCGGCCUCCGUCAGGAUGGCGAUGUUAUAUCUGUUAUGAAAGCAGGAAAGCUAAGGUUCUCAAAACCAAACAAGUACUGGGUUGAAAGCUCCCAUAAGCGGUAUGUACCUAGCGCUGGGGAUAAUGUGCUUGGAAUAGUAGUCGAUGCAAAAGCAGAUAAUUUUCUCGUGGAUAUAAAAGGUCCCAUGUUGGCAUUCCUCCCAGUGCUUGCUUUUGAAGGUGGAACCAGGAGAAACAUUCCUAAGUUUGAGAUUGGCACUUUGCUGUAUGUCCGUGUUGUCAAGGCGAACACUGGCAUGAACCCUGAGUUAUCAUGCAUGGAUGCCUCUGGAAAAGCAGCAGAGUAUGGUCCCCUUAAAGAUGGAUUUAUGUUUGAGUCCUCAACUGGAUUAUCACGAACGUUGCUGAGCACUCCAACAUGUCCAGUCCUUGAGACCCUCGGCAAAAAGCUUGCUUUUGAGAUUGCAGUUGGGCUGAAUGGUCGCGUUUGGGUGAACGCUACCUCUCCUUCAGUUAUCGUUCUUGUUGCAAAUACAAUCAUGCAAACGGAGUCAUUAAGUCCAGCACAGCAAAAAAUUAAGGUGGAAAACCUGCUACAGAGAUUGCAAUGAACAACACUGAAGUCAAAUAUGAGUGGACAUUGCUGAUUGAUCAGCAUUCCAGAGACGCAGGCUGCAUCACGGAUAUGAUUGAAAGUGAGCACGGCAGGAAUACUUAUCGCCACUGUGUCAUGAAGUCUGACUUCAACUAUAAUUUUUCACCAAUUCUUGUUCCUGUGAGAAUUUGAUUCAAUUCAAAAUUGAAAAUUGCAGAUCAUUUUGUGCUUAUGUAUACAUCUUCUUAGUAUUUAAUAUCUGAGUUUUUACCUUCUCUUUUCUGAA